UGCGUUUUGUCGUCGAGUGUGUGAAGAUCUAUCAAGAGAAGCGAGCGCGUAAAACUCUGAGACAUCGACCGAACUCCGAUUCAAAGAAAAAGUGCAAAUCUUCGAGUGCCGAUUCACAGAGAGAAAUUGCAAAAUCUUUGACGAUUGAAAGAUAGAAAUUGUUGAUCAAAAGUAUAGGCGAAAGUUUUGCCACAAAUAAAGCCCCACAAAUGAUGAGCACUCGCUCCGUGUCGCCCAAAGUGCUGCUGGACAUUAGCUACAAGCCCACGCUGCCGAACAUCAUGGAGCUGCAGCACAAUGUGAUCAAACUGAUCCAAGUGGAGCAGCAGGCCUAUGUGCACUCCAGCCACUACAUCCACCAAUCCCCAGUGCACCAGCACCAGCAACAGCAGCAGCAACAGCAUCCCCAGUACGCGCCUUUGCCCUCGGAGUACGCGGCCUAUGGCAUUACGGAGCUGGAGGACACCGACUACAAUAUACCAAGCAACGAGAUCCUGAGCACCAGCAGCAGCACGCACAGCAACCACAGUGCCCAAAGCGCCAGCCUGGAGCUGAACAACAACCACACGGCCAGCAACAGCAACGGCAGCAGCAACAAUCAGAACGGAUUCGAUCAGCAGUCGGUGGCUGGAUCGGGUUCCUCCUGGAACGAGCACGGAAAGCGGGCCAGGAGCAGCAGCGACUAUGACUGCCAGUCCGGGGGAACUCUGGCAAUGCAACCGGACCACAAGAAGCUGCUCCACCAGCAGCAGCACCAACAGCAGCAGCAACAUCAGCAGCAGCAGCAGCAGCAACAGAUCUAUGUGGAUUAUCUUCCCACCACCGUGGAUGAGGUGGCCUCGGCCCAGACCUGUGCGGGGCCCCAGAGCACCUGCACCUCGCCCCACUCACACUUCGAGUUCCCCGACGAGGAGCUGUCGGAGCACAAGGCUCAGGUCUUCCUGCCCCUCUACACGAAUCAGCAUCAGCCACAGCAGCAGGCGACACACCAACAGCAGCAGCAGCAGCAGCAGCCACAGAACCCACAGCUCCACUUCCAGAACAGCUACCGGCAGAGCUUUGAUGGCUACGAACCGGCCAAUUCCCUGAACGGCAGCGCCUACUCAAGCUCGGAUCGGGACGACAUGGAGUACGUCAGGCACACGGCCCUCAGUUCGGUCAGCGAUCUGGCCGCUGGAGGAGGAGUCAACGGCGGCGGCAUGUCACCCGCCUGCCUGGCGGAUGACGGCAGCUCGGGCAGCCUUCUGGAUGGCGUCGAUGGGGGCGGCAAGGCCUUCCGCAAGCCCAGGAGACGCCUCAAGCGGAAGCCGAGCAAAACCGAGGAGACGGACGAGUUCAGCAACCAGCGGGUGAUGGCCAAUGUAAGGGAGCGCCAGCGCACCCAGAGCCUCAACGAUGCCUUUAAGUCGCUGCAGCAGAUUAUACCAACGCUGCCCAGCGAUAAGCUAAGCAAGAUACAGACCCUGAAGCUGGCCACAAGAUACAUCGAUUUCCUUUGUCGCAUGCUCAGCUCCAGCGAUAUCUCAUUGCUGAAGGCCUUGGAGGCCCAGGUCUCGCCAAUGGGCUCCUCCUCCCCAUACGGGGCAGCCAGCACGCUGCUGAGCGCCGCGGCCAAUGGGGCCGAUGCCGAUCUCAAGUGCCUGCGGAAGGCAAACGGAGCGCCCAUCAUCCCACCCGAGAAGCUGAGUUAUCUUUUUGGGGUGUGGCGCAUGGAGGGCGAUGUGCAGCACCAGAAGGCAUAGCACCAGAUCUGCAUCUGGAUCGAAAUCAAUAUCCUAUUUGUGCGCAGUUCCAGGGAGGGCUUCCAGCAACAACAAUCGUGUGAAUUCCAGAGCCCCAGCCGCUCUCACUCUUCAAUUCUCUAUCACUCUUUCCAUAUAAUAUAUUACAUGUCUAAUAGAUCGUAGAUGUCUAAGCCUAAACUUAUUCUUAUUUAAUUUUAUAGUCUAAACUAAAUUAAUUGUAAAGAAAGCGAUCAAGCGAGAGAUGGAAGAUGAAAACCGAUGAAAAAAAAACAAGGGAAAACCCAAAUACAGAAACUCCAUUUUGUUGAUAA